CACGGACGCUUUGGCGAUACCCAACACUCCUCGUCUCUCUGUCUCGAGGGAACUACAUUGAAGAAACAGUUCUCUUGGCAUCAUAAUAACUGGCAUUUUGUGAAAGUCCCAUAAUCGUUGCAGUUUUUAAUCCCAGUGAAGUGUGGUGUCCUUUACUUAGUAAUAACUGAAUACAGAAUCCUGAAAUGAUGAGGACUCUUUGGCAUUCACUGCUUGUUCUUGGCGUUGCGUUCUCUCUCUUUGCAGAUGCCCCUGGGCAUCUGGCGCAGCACAUGAUAGCUGCGAAAGACGAAGGAGGAGAAGAAAAUAUUGAAGAGGAACCGACUGUCUCGAACUUUGAGGAAACUCGACACGUUCCCGAAGGACCUCCAAUUCCCGUCAGAUCCCAAGAAGAGGAGGAGAAUGUGAGGAAACCUAUUGAGCAAGACCCUCCACCGAGUCUCCCUCAGAAGGAGGACGAAGGGGAACCAGCAUCCGAGGAGAGUGAGGAACACCCCGACCUAGAGCCGGAACAGUCUGACGAUGGAGAUGCCGGGAUUUUAUUGGUUUGUCUCGGCGGGGGAGAAGACGAAGUGGUCAUGGCUCAGAUGGCUACUCUUCUGAAGCGUCAGGGGCAUAAGGUGACCGCCAUACUGUACGGGUCAGGUCCCAGAGAGGAACCGUUUCCAAAGGGAAUGAAGAUUUACGAAAUCCCACUCGACGAAGAGGACCCCUUGUACCCAAAUGGCGCGGGCGUUGGUGUCACGCCCGGAGAAGAGGCGGGCGUUGAAUGGAUAAGUGGGCGCGUGAUUUCCUCUAGGGUCUUGGCUUGUCAACAUCUGUCAAAAUCCCGUUGGGUAGACGACGUCGUAAGACGGUCUCGCCUCCUGGUCACGCCCCUCUUCCUCCACGACCUCUGCGCACUCACCCUCGCCCACCGGAUGAGCGUGCCCGUCGUGGGCGUCCUUACGUCUCGUGUUGGUGCCUGGUGGGCGUGGGAGCAGCUCGGGAUUUUACCUCUGCUUUCCACGACCUCUGUGCCGCCCACUACCAUGGAGGAUAGUAGUAUCUGGAGCAGGACCAUGAAUAUUGCCAGGCAUUACGGGUAUUUGUCCGCCAUUCGCCAUCAGUGGCAGGUGCCCACCAUCACAGGUCUUGACCCAUCCUGGUCACCGCCUCCUCUUCAGACUCUGUACUCCAGUCUCGCGCGAAUUCUCGUCGCUUGGGAUCCCCUGGUUCACUCUUACACUCCCCCAACGCCCUUGCUAGUUCCCAUCGGCGGAUUCUCUUUCGAAACAGGACAUAUGACAAAGGACGUUUUGGUUCCAGCACUGUUGAACAGGGCCGGUGUCAUAACAGUGUGUCCAGGGGGUCGAGAGGCCUGGCUGGGACCACAGGCCCUUGCAGAAUUACAUGCAGCCCUGCAGCCAACUUCUUACACUGUUCUGUGGCGGUCCACUUUCCCUUACCUCAAGCCUAAUGUCACUGUGGCCGUUAGUUCAAAUGCCAACUUCGUUUUCAAGGAGGAAUUACCCCUAAAUGAUGUACUUAGUCAUCCAAGACAUCGCCUCAUGAUCUCUACGUGUGGGGAGAGUGAGUUAAUGGCUUCGGUAUCUUUUGCAACCCCAAUUUUGUGUCUUCCAGUCACUACCGACCAGACCUUGGCCGCCAGGCAGCUUGAAUCGCUUGGAGUUGCCGAGGUCAUUCCAGCUGCCGAGAUCACAGAGGCCAAAGUGAGGGAGAGUCUUACGAAAAUGGUCUCGGACAGAGGGUACCGCGAGAGAGCUCGUAAACUAGGAGAAGAAUUCCAUGACCAACCUGUGUCGGCAGCUGAUCGUCUUUUGUUUUCUCUGGAGCGAGUCUUGAGAAAGCCUUAUUCGCGCAGGUAUGAGACCAGAAGCAGCAGUCUGUAUCUCCUUCAGCAGAGCAACGCAGACGUGUACCUGUUCUUGCUCGUUCUGCUGACCAUCCUCAUGGCUGUGUUAAUUGCUGCUGGAAUCGUCCUCUUUCCAAUCAUCAUGAAGAAGCAGAAAUCGAAAGCGGAGUAACUUUGGAGGAAGUUGAAGAGUUUUAAGGGAAAGUUUGAUCUCUAAAGUAGAGAGAGAUUAGAGAAUGGGAGAGGUAAAUUGCCAAGAACUAUAUUUGGAGAGGAUAAGAGGAUUUUUUGUUAAGGUAAAAGGAUUACACACACACAAACAAAAGA